AUGAAUUUCAUUAAAGAAGCCAUUUGUGAUAAUAACGAUGAAGUGUAUAAAUACCUUCUCGGCUGGAUUGCAUCAAUGAUUCAACAUCCUGGAAUCAAGAAUGAAACAGCAAUUAUUUUGAAAGGACUUCAGGGAACAGGUAAAAACAGAUUUACAGACAUUAUUUCUGAACUUCUCGCUGGUUAUUCAUGUAAAAACAUUACUGAAAUAAGUGAGCUAACGGGUAAUUUCAAUUCAGUAGUUGAGAAUAAACUGCUUCUUGUACUUAAUGAACUCAAGAAUGUAGGUGAAGACAGACUUGCAAACUUCAACGCUUUGAAAUCAAUUAUAACGGAUAAUGAGAUUAGAAUUAAUGAAAAGAAUCAACCCAGAAGAACUGCUCGGAAUGUUGCCAAUUUCAUUUUCGUAACUAAUAACGUUUACCCUGUCAAAAAUUGA